GCAGCCCAGUUCCUAAGAGCGCAGCGGCUAAUGUAGCGUCAGCAAACCCCUGGAUGGUUGUGGUAUCAGGGGCCAGAAACCUCUGCCCAUACAUUCGCCCUGCCGCUAUGGCCAUCUCGCAUGUCCUCGCGCGCCCAGCCCUGCCAGCGCAGCUUCACCUCCGUUCGCCCGCACGACCCCAAUGCCACGUGGCGUCACACUCGGCCCGUCUACCGUUCGAGUUCUCCCCUCUUGUCCGUGACAGCCGGGCCUCUCCAGCGGUGCGCACAGGGCUUCGCGGCAAGCCUCUCCACGGCACCCGCGGUAGAAUCAGGCAGCGCCUUGCGCCAGGCGCGGCCGUGGAUGCAAGGGGCGAUGCGGGGGGUUUGACGGGGGACAGGGUACGGGCGGAGGGGGAGAAGCGCAGAGCAGGUGAGCGGUCGGAGGAAGGGGAUGGCGAGGCGGAUUUGGGAGUUGAGAAGAUGAGUCAAGGAGAGUGUGAGGAGGAGGGGGAGGAGGAAGAGGAGGAAGAGGAGGAGGGGGAGGAGGGGGAGGAGGGGGAAGAGUAUGAGGAGGAGGGGGAGGACGAGGAGGAGUGGGAUGAGGACUGGGACGAAGACCAGGAGGGGGAGGAGAGGGCGGAAGGCGCAGCGAGCGGAAGGGGCGGAGAGCCGCCAGUGUGGGAGGGGGAGGGCGUGGAGGUGGGGGUGAUAGUGGGCGCGCACGGGCUGCGGGGCGAGGUGCGCGUGAAGCCGCUCACGGACUUCCCGGAGCAGCGAUUCGGACAGGGCGGGUGGCGCUGGUUGAAGCGGCCAGGCAGGCCAGCCGCGCCGUCCCCUCGUGCCGCACCCUCUGCCGUGCCGCCACCACCAGCUACCGCUGGAGGUGCGGCGGCAGAGGCAGCAGCAGGGGUGCAGGGUGGAGCAGUUGUGAGCAGCGUGUGGGUGCGGGGCGGACGGCCAGGCCCUGGGCGGUAUGGGCUGUGGCUGGUGAAGCUCAAAGGCGUGGAGAGCGCGGAACAGGCGGAGGCACUGCGCGGCAGUGUGAUGAUGGUGCCUGUGUGGGAGCGGCCUGAGCUGGAGGAGGACGAGGUGUACUCCAGCGACCUCAUCGGCCUCCAAGUGCUGCUCAAGGAGGGCGGGGUGCCCAUAGGCGUGGUGGAGGACGUGGGGGCGUACGUGUGGAUUCCGUUUGUGCGCGCCAUCGUGCCGCUCCUGGACCUGCAGCAGCGCCGCAUCGUGGUGGACCCUCCCCCUGGCCUGCUGGAGCUCAACCAGCGGGCAGCGGGCAAGGCGGAGCAGGCGCAGGAGGGGGAGGGCGAGGAGGGGAGCACAGAGAACAUGUCCGCCCAGGAGCGCAGGAAGCGGCAGCAGCGGCGGCGGCAGGUGGCGGAGCGAUAUGGGGAGGCGGGGCAGCAGCACGUGGUGCAGUGGGUGGAGCAAGCUGUGCGGCUGGCCAAGGCAGCAGCACAGGCAGGCGGCGAAGGCGGGGCAGCAAGUGGGCCUGUGGACGUGGAUGCGGCGCUGCAGCAGCUGCUGUCGGUGGACCUCAGGCGAGUGUCUCACGCCGUGCAGCGCGCCCUAGCGCACAGGGAACACCUGCACCAGCUGCCACUGCCCGUGCCUGUGCCCCAGUGGCCCCUCGUCCUGCACCGCUCCCCCCUCCCCACUAGCGCACAGGCGGCGCAGCAGUCCGACGCGCGCACAGCUGGCGAGGCCUGGCCACUGAGAGGGGCGCCGGGUGCUGAGGGGCCAGUAGGGGGGAGGGCGGACGGGGCGGAGGGCUUGGAGACGGAGGGCAGGCAGGCAGUGCGGGAGGGGAGAGUGGCCGUGGUGGCGCUGCUGGGUGCUGCUGCUGCGGGCGACGCUGUGAGGGAGGGGGGCGGCAGUGGAGCAGGGGGAGGAGCAGCGGGCAUGGCGCGACAAGUGGAGGAGUACGUGAGGCGGGACACAGCGAGGCUGAGGAAGCAGAUGAAUGCCGUGGACCAGUGGAGGGAUGCUGCGGGCUCUCCCCCCCUGCCCUGGUUGCUGGUGGUGGACGACACUGCAUCGCCCUUCAACCUGCACCAGUCGCUGCUUGCUGCCGCGCCCACCACUCAGCCCUCCUGGAUUCCUCUCCCCCAAUGGCCACUCUUCUCACUCAACCCCCGCCUUGCCACCAGCCCCUCCAACCCGCCUCCCUCCUCCUCCUCGUCGCCCCCCCCCUCGUUCCGCAUGCUUCUUCACCCGCUGCCACCGCCUGAAGCCGAGCUUCCAAGCGCCACGCGGUGCGUGGCGCUGCAGAUGGCGUCAGGGGGCGAGGGGUGUCUCUUCCUGGCGCUCAAAGACGCCGCCGUGCUGCGAGGGCUGGCCAAGCAGGGCGUCAAGCACCUCCUGGUGUUGCUGCAUCCUACAGCACAGCCCGAUCCAGCCCUCAUUGCCGCAUGCAUCCACUCCAAUGCUGACGUGGCAGUCGCUGCGUCAGCGAGUACCACUGCCAGCUCAGCAGGCGUGCUGGUGGAGGGUGAGAGAGGUGGGCAGCAGGUGCUGCGGCUGGCGGCGUUUCCAUCUGAGCAGCAGGGAGAGGGGCGUGAGCAUGGUGCCGGCACUGGCAUUGGGAAUGGCAGUGGGAGUGAGGGCGGUGGCAAGAAGAAAGGGAAGGGCAAGGGCAAGGGCAAGGAGGAUGAGAGGAGGUCCAGUGGGGUGAGGCUGUAUGUGCUGGAGGGAGGUGAAGUGGCUGGGACAGAUUCACACGUGCAUUCCCUUGACCUCUUCCCAGACCAGCUGGUUGUUUCCAUGAAGUUUCUCAAGUGGUUAGAUCCCAUGCAGGUGCCCUUCCAGCUGCACCCCCCUUCACCGCUGGAGCAGCACCUGCCAGCACCACAGACAGCAGCGGGUCGGGCAGCACGGGGGGAGGAUGCAGUGGGCGGGAUGGAUGGUGGGAUGGCUGUGAGGCAGCGGGCGAUGGAUGUGGUGUCCAUGUGCGAUGCAUGCCAGGUUGCCGUGCUGCUGGAUGGACCCUUGGCUCAGCUCUGAUGCAAUCCUUCCCACCAUACUGGCAAUGUCGUCGCGGUUGCACACAACAUGCACUCUAGUUGCGGCCCACUUGUUCUUCUGCACUGCCCCUAGCUAGAAGGCUCAUGGCUUCAAAUGAUCAAGUCAAAUCUGCUAUUUGAAGUUCCUUGGACGUUUACUUGCAUCACUUUUACAUAGCCAUAAGUAGGUGCACAUGAGUGGAGUCGUUUUAAUGCA